AUGGCCUUGAGAACAGCAGGAAGUGUGUUGGUGGUCUUUCUCUGGUCUGUAGCAGUGGUACAGGGCCAGAAUGGCUGGAGUGUUACAUACACCACUCAGAGUAUCUGUGCCUUGAAGGGGUCAACCGUGGAGAUGUCCUGCUCUUACACAUAUCCCAGUGGUUAUAUAGUCACAACAACCUUGUGGUUCACUAAAAUGUAUAAUGGGAAACCUGUGAGUCUGAGUGAUGACCCAGACUACAAGGUACAUGUGACAUACCGUAAGGAUAAAGAGAAUGGUCACACCCUGACAAUCACAGACCUGAGAGAGAGUGACUCAGCUACAUACAAAUUCAGAUUUACAGAUCAGACUGGAGGAUGGAGAUAUACUGGCAAUCCUGGAGUCACUCUGUCUGUCACCGGUCUUCAGGUGAAUGUGACUGGUGGACAUCAGGAUAAGACACUGACCUGUAGCACCACCUGUACUCUGACUGACAACCCCACCUACAUCUGGUACAAGAACGGACAACAUCUAGAUGAGAGCACCUCCCCCCAGUACAAAGACCCAGUCUCCAGUAACUAUGAAGACAGCUACUCUUGUGCUGUAAAAGGCCAUGAGGAUCUCCACUCUCCUGCAGUGUGUGUCCAGAGCCAGGACUGCAACAGAGUGACUUACACCAAGAGGAAAAUCUGUUCCUUGAAGGGGUCAACAGUGAACAUAUCCUGUACUUAUGGCAGUGGUUAUGAUACCGUCACAUCAUCACUCUGGUUUAGCACUAAUCAGAGUGACAGCUGGAGUAAUAAAUUGAUCCCUGAGGACCUAACCACAGACCCAGGGUAUGCAGGUCGUGUGGAGUAUGCAGGAGAGAAGGAGAGAGGUCGCUCCACCCUGAGAAUCACAGAUCUGAGAGAGGAGGACUCUGCUGAGUACAAGUUCAUAUUCAACACAGAAACCUCAGAAUGGGGAUACAGUUUCCCUGGAACAACUCUGACUGUUACAGGUCUUCAGGUGAAGGUGACUGGUGGAUAUUGGUAUAAGACACUGACCUGUAUCACCACCUGUACUCUGGCUGACAACCCCACAUACAUCUGGUACAAGAACGAACAACAUCUAGAUGAGAGCACCUCCCCCCAGUACAAAGACCCAGUCUCCUGGAACUAUGAAGACAGCUACUCUUGUGCUGUAAAAGGCCAUGAGGAUCUCCGCUCUCCUGCAGUGUAUGGCCCAAAGAACACCUUAGUGUUAGUCAGUCCCUCUGGUGAAAUAGUGGAGGACAGUUCAGUGACUCUGACCUGCAGCAGUGAUGCCAACCCACCUGUGGACAAAUACACCUGGUACAAGAAGAAUGGAGGUCACUAUAAGUUCUCCUAUGUGAACACAGGACCACAGCAAGUCUUCAAUCAUAUCCAGUCCUCUGACACUGGAGAGUACUACUGUGAGGCCUGGAAUGGGAUGAAGACAGGGAGGACUGAGUCUAUCAACAUUGAUGUGAAAUGGAAACAGUCCUCAGUUCUGACUGCAGCUGUAGGAAUCAUAGUGGUUGUUCUGGUUCUCAUCCUCUGUCUCUCUGGACUCAUGUGGUUCAGGAAGAAGGUCUCCACAUCCACCUCCAACACAAGAGACACAGCAGAUGAUGGACAGGGAGACUCUAGUCCAGUGUAUGACAACAUCUCAAACAUGGCCAUGACCCCUACUGCAGCACAGACAGCAGCCACAGACUACCAGGAUGAUGUUCACUACGCCAGCGUCCGCUUCUCUCGUUCCAAAAACCAGGAUGUUUCUCUGUACUCCACCGUCCAAGUGCCUCAGCCCCAGAAAGAGGAUGAGUAUGUCCAGUACGCUGCUCUGAAAUUCAACCUCCCAGUGCUGCCACCUGCAGCACAAGAAGCUGAGGAGGACUCCUCUGUUCUCUACAGUACAGUCAACAAACCCUGAACCAAGAAGACCCGAACACAACAAACCCAGA